CGAUUACACAAGUGUCCCGGCAUAACUAAAGUGCGCCUCGUAUCACGCGGGGACUUAACCUUGCCUCCUCGAUUUUCCGUACGACAUUUGUCAUCGCGUAUCGCGCCCGCGAGUGUCGUUCUGCCACCGUUAACAUCGUACAACGCAAUCCUCACCGACGUCAUCGUCGCCGUCAUCGUCGGAUCGGCGGUGGAGAAGAGAACGCAGGCGCGCGUUUCUCGCCUUGGCUCAUUUCGGCGCCUGAACGGAACGAGGACUGCGAGUUAAGAGCCGAACGACCGCGGACCGCGUGCGCGCGCGCAAGAGAGUACAACAGUCGGUGUUAUCGCGCCGAACGCCGCCGCCGCCGUCGACGUCGUCGUCGUUAUUGUCGUCCCGGAGGAACGCCGUGCGAACCGCGUUUCUUUUUUCGCAUUCCUCAUCCUCGUGCCACGUGCCCACGAGCGUGCGAUGAGCGGCAGUAGCGAGAACAGGGGACGAAAUGGCCACGUGCUUGUGUGGGACCAGGUCGGGCUCGACGAGGACGACCGAGGGAAAAGAAGAAAAAGAGUUCGAUUUGGGAAACGUCACAUGGUGACUUUCAUGAUAUUCCUCGGUAUGGCGAAUGCCUACAUAAUGAGGACCAAUAUGUCCGUGGCUAUCGUCGCGAUGGUCAAUCAUACAGCCAUCAAGAAUACCGAUGAGCUGAUAAAAGUCGAGGUCGAGGAAUGCGGAAAGCUCGCCAAUGAAACCGACGCUGCCGAGCGCAGCGCCGACGGGCCAUUUGUAUGGGACAACAAGCAACAGGGCUAUCUCCUGAGUUCAUUCUUCUGGGGCUACGUUAUCACGCAAAUACCGUUCGGUAUACUUGCCAAGCGUUACGGCGCGAAAUACUUCCUCGGGGUCGGCAUGUUGAUCAAUUCGAUUUUCGGAUUGCUAGUGCCAGUGUCCGCGUAUUGGGGAUACUGGCCGCUGAUAAUCGUCCGCUUCAUACAGGGCUUAGGAGAGGGUCCUAUUGUGCCUUGCACGCACGCACUGCUGGCGAAGUGGAUACCACCUAACGAACGGAGCAGGAUGGGUGCCUUUGUCUAUGCCGGUGCGCAGUUCGGCACGAUAAUAUCCAUGCCACUGAGUGGCCUCUUGGCCGAUUGGGAUUUGGUAGGUGGCUGGCCAUCUAUUUUCUACGUGUUCGGCGUUAUUGGCACUUUCUGGUGCGUAGCGUUUCUCCUGUGGGUCUACGAGGAUCCCGAGCAACAUCCGACCAUCGCAGAGGAAGAGAAGAAGUUCAUACUUAGCUCUCUCUGGGGUAGCGCCGGCAUAUCUUCGUCGCCUCCUGUGCCAUGGAAGUCCAUUGCAACCUCGUUACCAUUUUGGGCUAUUCUGAUGGCACAUAUGGGUCAGAAUUAUGGAUACGAAACUUUGAUGACUCAACUUCCGACAUUCAUGAAACAGAUUCUUCAUUUUAGUAUCAAAAAAAAUGGUAUUUAUUCGGCACUCCCGUACUUCGCCAUGUGGCUCUUUUCCAUGUUUAUCUCUCACGUCGCCGAUUGGAUGAUCUCUUCGGGAAAAUUUACUCACACUACAACUCGCAAGAUCGUUAACAGCAUCGGCCAGUUUGCACCGGCUUUCGCAUUGAUUGCUGCCUCGUACACCGGUUGCAAUGCCUGGUUGACAGUGACCAUUAUUACACUGGGAGUUGGUUUGAAUGGCGCUAUUUACUCCGGUUUUAAAGUUAAUCAUCUCGACGUCUCUCCGAGGUUUGCCGGGAUUUUAAUGUCCUUCACAAAUUGCAUCGCCAAUCUCGCUGGGCUUCUCGCACCGAUUACCGUUGGGGAAGUUAUUGCCAAAUCGCCGUCACAAGCAAAAUGGAGGAUCGUAUUUAUGAUUUGCGCUGGUAUUUACAUCUUUUGUGCGGCGUUCUACGCAAUUUUCGGAUCCGGUCAGAGGCAGGCGUGGGACAGUCCAGACAAGGAUGACGACAAGAACGAGAAGAAUCAAUUGGACAGUAUAAAAAUCGUGAACGAAACUCAACAUUGACAAGUUGAAUAUUUUAUCAAUAAGAUCAGUGGGUGAUACGAGGAAGUCGACACUGAUGACGUGACGAUUGUGUCCACUUAGCCAUUUCUGUUUACGCAUAUUCAUUCCCUCCCUAUUAUCUAGCCAUUCGAAACAAACGACUACAUUUAAGUUAAUCUCAGAAUUGUAUUUUUCUUUUUCUUUUUUUUUUACCGUAAAGAUAUAAAAUUUUCAUGAUAAUUGUCACAAUUCGCAUUGUAUGUCUUUGUACUUUUGUAUUGGAUUGCAAAAGUUGUGUAUCAAUUGCUUUAAUAUUAUAUAUCGUGCGUUUUGCGUAAAAGAAUUUGUAUGUGUGAGAGAGAGAGAGAGAGAGAGAGAGAGGAAAGGAAGGAGAGAAAGAUGCAUGUAGAAUAUACUCAUAAUCAUGCUGUUAUAAGCUUCGUUUCGCGUCAUUUGUUGUAUUUUAUAAUUUAUCAAUUUUUACAUAAUAAUCUUACGUAUUAUGUAGAAUUAGGAAGUCACACUUUAAGAAACUGGCAUGUUGGAAAAACGAUGGGAGAGAUGAUUCUCAAAAGGAACAAUAAAGUGAAAACUGUUACUUGCAAAUUAGCGAAAUUCCCGUAAAAUUGCUGAGCAUGACAACAAAGCGGAUGUAGUUCUGAUAAAAUUACAGUCAUUUAAAUUAUUUCUUAAUUUUGUACAGUCGAACCUCGAUAACUCGGAAUCUCGGAAGGGAGGAGCUAUAAAAUCCUCUAGUUAUAGAUGUGUUUCGACUUAUCGAAGUGUGAGCGAGAGAUAAUUAACGUGAAAAUUCGACUUACGGAAGCUUUGUACGUGAUUUCAUAAUUUUCAGAUUAUAAUAAUGGCUUUUAAAGGAAAAAACUUCGAGUUUUCGAGUUAUCGAGGUAUCGACUGUAUAUCAAAAAUUAUCCAUACAAUUAAGAAUAUUCAAAUCGCAUUUUAUAUCACUGUUGCUUGAAUAUACGAGUGAGAGAGAAAGUUUGUGCUUAUCAGAGACGAUGUUAAACUCAAUUGUGAUAUACGGUUAUUGUUAUUCGCGUAAUACUAGCUUUGAUCGAAUCGGUAUAUAUUAUACUGUGUAUCCCAGUAAAAUUGUAUAUUUCACGAUUUACACAGUCGGCUCUCCGUUAAUUCGAGCACUUUUCACAGUCGUUCCGCGUUCGAGUGAAACUUAAUCUCGGUCUUCCACUUUGUAACAGCACACAUUGGCCGCUUUGCUACUUUCGUAAAAUGGGAUAUAUGCGCUGAGAUUCGUACGAUGAAUUUAGAGUAGAUUAACAAACGAUUACGGCGGGAAAGGAUCUGUCCAUAUAGCGUUUCCCCGAUUACAUCUUCAAGAUAGGUUUCGUAAUUUGUGUAACUUGACAAACUUGUGGCAGCAGUAUUAGAGUGUAAAGAUCCUCAUCGUUUAUCUUCCUUUGGUACAUCACUUUUUUUUAUUGUAACUACUGCCAUUUUGUAUUGCCUGCGUGUAUGGCCUAAAAAGGGGGAUGACAGUAGCGACAAAUCCCUGUUUUAUCCCCCUGUAGGAGAGGUCGCGGAUCUUUAUCUGGUAAAUCCAGGCGAACAGCAGCAGCACAGUGUAUACAAUACAACAAUGGUGUUUAUACAUAUUGUAGAUAUUAGCGCGUAGGAGCCCUAUUAAGUUAUAGAUAUUAGAUGUAAGUUACUGCUCGUAGUUAUUUAUAUAGCGUUCACGGAAAGGAACAGAGAAAAGAUCAUUACUUCCAUUUUUAUUAAAAUAGAAAUUGUCAAACUGAAUGAUUUCGCACUUGUAUAGUAAAAUGCAUUUUUUUUUCCAUAAACGAUAAGUCUCUCUUUUUUUUUUCUAAGCUGCACAAAUCGAACAAUAAUUCUGACGACAGUAAUUUCUUUUUCCGUACGAUCUCGAGUGUCGAAACUACUUAUUUUCUUGUAAUCGACAUUAUUAUCGAUCAUUAUUUAAUGAAAUACGUAAUGUAACGUACACGAAACACUCGCAGGGCUAAAUCUAAAGCAAAUUGUUUAAAAACUAAGUGAAUUAUUAAAUUAUUAAACAUGUCUUGAAAACACUGUUAAUUUAUUCAUCGUGCAAUUUUAUACAAAAACUUGGGAAAUAAAUUUAGGCAACAACGUUAUACGUUUAACUGUUGGAAGGAAAAAUCGAUGCGAACAUCUUGUGAUCGUGUAUCUAAAAGUGCCUUCAACACAAAGCGUUUGUUUUUCUUUUUAUAAAUAAUGUAUUCUUAAAAUAAAUUCUCGCGUUAUUCCUAACGAGAAAAAUGCCAAAAUGUUUGCGAACGUUAUUCCACAUUCUCAUAAGUAUGCAAAUUUCCAUAUAAACUUGAGAAACGUCAAUUGAAAGUUACUUUACUGUAGCUCUUAUGUAGUGUAACGCGAUUAACAACAAUUGUGAAUGUAAAUCGAUUUGGGACACAUUCGAUGGGAGAUGUAACGAGGAAAGUUAUCCCCGUUAGAUAAAGUAAUCUAAUGCAAAAUUUCGCAAAUCCCAUAUUUUUAUAUAAAACAUUUAUACAUAGUGUACAUACAUAGGGCGAUACACGAUGCGAUGUUGCAACAUUAAACACGGUUUUUUAUUGUUGGGAUUGUAAAACAUAUGUGAUAAUAGAAACUGCAAGUAAAUAAAAUAAGAUACAGCCGUAA